CCCACACGGCACUAUAACUCCCACCGUCGGAGGAGAGACUCCCCUCCGGCUAGAGCCUCCCUGCACCGGAGAUCCCUGCGAUCUCUUCCUCCUGCUUCGUCUCCGCUUUCGGCACGCCUGGGUUUACGGCGAUAGGGAUUCUUCCGUUCUGGAUCUCACCCAGUCAUUCACCCAUUCGUUGGGAUCAUGAUGAACUCUGCAAAAGACAGGAUCGCGAACCGGAUCUCCCGCUUCUUCUAUGAAACUCCCACAGUUUCUCACAACGACGACGAUUCUUCCCCGGUUUGUCGCCCAUUAAUGCCUCAGAUGCAGGCAUUUCCCAUCAUUAAGGAUGAAAUUUCUUCCCCUAAGAGAUCUACUUCUUCAAUUUUAUCCCUGCUUCCGACUACAUGCUCUGCUGUUGGGCAAAAAAUAUCAUCUGGCAUUCAGGAUCAUCUAUUGUCUCCUUCUCGAUCACAUUCUAGAAGUUGGAAAUAUAAAAGUUUUGCCUCCAAAGAUGUUCUUUUGGAAAAUUCAAAGGUUGAAGAACCUGAAACCAGUAGUAAUUGUACAUCUUCUGUUUCUAAAGCAAAUGUCAUUGAGGUUUCUGAAAGGAGUGCUAAGACUACAGAGACAACUGAAGAGUUGUCUUCCUUAAAAGCCUCUUCAGUGUUGAUUCCCCAUCUUACGGAGAAAUCAACAUUUGUAACUGCUGAUUUGUUUGAUUUCCUUCAUUCAAGCCUCCCUAACAUUGUGAAAGGGUGUCAAUGGGUAUUGUUGUAUAGUUCCAUGAAGCAUGGGAUAUCGCUGCGAACGUUAAUUCGUAGGAGUGCUAGCGUUACAGGUCCAUGUUUACUAGUUGUUGGAGACAUGCAAGGAGCUGUAUUUGGUGGUUUGUUGGAUAGUCCUCUAAAGCCUACAAUCAAACGAAAAUACCAAGGUACAAAUCAAACAUUUGUGUUCACGACAAUAUAUGGUGAACCAAGGCUCUUCAGAGCAACUGGUGCAAAUAGGUUCUACUAUUUGUGCUUGAAUGAAUUCUUAGCAUUUGGAGGUGGCGGUAGCUUCGCAAUAUGCUUGGAAGAUGAUUUAUUGCGGGGAUCAAGUGGACCUUCUGAAACCUUUGGGAACUUGUGCUUGGCUCACUCUGAAAACUUUGAAUUGAAGAAUGUGGAGCUUUGGGGUUUCACGCAUUCUUCUCGUUAUCUCCUGUAAUCAAUCAGUUGUGAAGAGUUGCUUCUAUAUUGACGAGAGGCUAUUAUACGAGCCCCCAAUCACACUUAAUGUGCCUAACCACUCGAGUACCAACCUUCUUAAGGCAUCGUCGCCAGAGGCGGAUUCGAACCCCCGACCUGAAAGGUCUUACAAUUGAUUUCGUAGAUGCCAACCAAUAAGUCGGGGAAUGUGGCACGGUUAUAUUAUUUAUCUAUUUAUUUAAUUUCAUUUAUUCAUUCAUCUUGUUAUUAUUUUUCUAAAGUAUUACCACACGAGUACACAGCCAAAAGAAGGUUAUAAUAUGUUGGUUGAGUGUAGAAGAAUUGGGUGUAACGCAAUGAUAUUGGCUUAUUGCUCUCUCUGAGAGUCAACACAUCAAGACUAUUGUGA